UAUACAUUAAAAUAUGAAUAUUAAUGUGUUGAGGACAUCGAGAGUUGUUGGAUUUCUUAAGUACAUUGGAUUAAUAAGUAGUAUUAUCACUUUUUUCACUGGCGUACAGAAAGGCCUUCAUACGAUCCCCUGUUCAGGACCACAAAAGAGCAUUCUACCAAAAGGAGCAUUGGACAUCAAAAUAGAUUAUGGAAAUUGGGCUGAAAAGAAUGAGACUGACCUUUUAAACAGUGGUGAGGAAAUUAUAGAAGCAGGAUUCUCCGAGACUACCCAAAUAAUCAGCAACAAAAGCAUUAUUGUUGUAAACGCUUACUUUAGAACGGGGUCAACAUUUACAGCUUCAUUGUUUGAGACGUACCCGGGUGUAUUCUACAUUUUUGAACCCCUUCAUGACAUAGAGAAAUGUUUUCGAGCUGCCGAGGCUGCAAAAACAGACGUAACUUUACAAUACGUUGAUUCUUUAAGGAAAGUGACGAUUUCAAAACGCUCCUUCGUGUAUUUGGAAGAAGUGUACUCAUGGCUGUCAUGUCGGCUCCAAGAUUUGUCCAAAACUUCCCUUAAUGAACAGUUUCUAUCACGAUAUAAUACAAAAAUGAAACCAUUUCAAACAUGCAUGAAGACAGCUAAAAUCAGUCUGACUGGUUUAAACUACGGAAGCGCAAUUACGGCAUGUCUGAAAAAGCCAAUACAAGACUGUCAAAGCGCUUCCUUUGUAGUUUUAAAGUUUAUACGCAUGCGCAUUGGUGAAUCGGCAAGUCUGUUGCCAUAUUUUCCAAACAUGAAAAUCGUGCAUUUGAUAAGGGAUCCACGUGGAAUGUUUAAUUCAAGAGACAAACAUAGUUUAGGUAAAGGAAAGGGAAGCAGCAGUGACAAAGAUGCAGUUCAUGGAUUUUGUCGAAAGUUAGAAGAAGAUCUGAGACAUUCAAAAAAACUUUCAACUUCUCAUCCAGACAAAAUAUUUGUUGUGCAAUAUGAGGACUUAGCUGAACAUCCUUAUGAGUGGGCAAAGCGUUUGUACAAAUUUGCUGGAAUGGAGUACACGAACAGUACAGAAGAGUUUGUACGCCGUUCGACGUCUGCUACAAAAGAUAAUGGCAAAAUGGAAACUCAGCGAAAGAAUUCAAAAGCGACAUCUGUGAAAUGGCGAAUGCAGUUAUCAACACCGAACGCUAUGCAUAUUUACAACACUUGCCGUAAAAGCAUGGAUAUUUUGGGAUAUCUUCCACUGACAAUUAACACUUUGAGGAACAUGUCUGUUCCGUCACGUCAUCGCACUAAUGUGACGUCUAAUCUUUUGGCAUUGAGAAAUUUUACAUAACAUGAACGAUAACUAAAACUGUAUUCAUUUUCUGAUGAAUUGAAGCAUUUAUAACAAUAAUAAAUAAACGAAGCUUUAAUUUCGAAAAUUGUUUAAUGUUUGUUUUCGUGCAGUGCUGCGUUUAUCAUACAUUGAUCCUUGAGCCGUUAACAAGGAUUUGGUUAAAUUAUAGGUUACUGGGCUGGUCAAAAGGAUAAUUGUUAAGAUUGAAGUAUAUUUCAUCGAGUGUGUAAAAUCGUUAUAUUUCACAAGUGGAUCAUAAAUAAAUGAGUUGAAUCAUUUUAUUUGUUUACCAAUUAUAAUAAUUUAUUUUCUAAAAAUUAGUUUAUUUUCAAUAUCCACUUUAAGUGUUUCUUUGACGGUAAUGUUUAUACGUUUUAUCAAUCGGAACAUGUUCUGCAUGCCAUAAUUGUCAUAACUGAAAAUUGUAGUAAUAACAUCGAACGUGAAUAUAAGAUUUUAGCUUUCAUUGUCCCCGCCAGCAUUUGACAAUAUCACAUUUGUAUGUGUGUUUGUUUAUUGAUACAUUCAAGCGAUUAUUAUCGAUUUCAGCCCAUGUUUGCCUUUGUGAUAUUUAUUCGUCUAUGUGCAAAGGCCGAUGUAGGUUACAAACUGUAUGACAUUAAGUUUAUCUUAUCCAUAUAUUAAUAUUCUAAACAGGUCUUUGACCUUGAUACCUGAUAUUGUUCGUAAGUUGACUUAAACUUAUAUCGAGAUUCGAGUUCGAAUUUUGGUGAAUACCUAAUUGUUCGAAUUAUAUAAAUAAUACAAUUCAUGAUACAACAUGUUGUUUGUUUAUCCAAACUAGUUGUUUUGUACCAAUUUACGAAUGAUGUUUAGCUAGGAGAUAUAGUCAAGAAACUAAUUGUUAUUCCCGUAUAUAUUUAGAUUUAUAGUUCGUGUUUAAUAUGUGUGUGGGUAUGGCGUUCCGAAUUGUUUUUCUAAACUUUAAUCGUAAAAAUGUUGUUGUUUUCCCACUCUAUAUACUCCAUACGAAAACCUUUAGUAGAAAUUGAUGUUAAGCUUUAGAAUAUUUCCAUUUGCUUUAUUUUCUCUACACCUAUAUUGUUAGGAAUUUCUUGUUUAUACUCUAUUAAUACUGCCAUAUAACAUUAAUUCGAUUGUAGUAUUCUUUAUGUAUACUGCUUUGUGUAGAUGCAUUGCUCAUGUUGCCUAAUAAAGUGGCCUGAGAUAUUCAAUAAAGUA